UAAAUUGAAUUGUGCUCGUCCUUGCGGAAGAGCACAACUGUGGGUGUUGUGCUCUUGGCAGAGAGCAGGCAUGAAUAGUGGCGCCGGGCCCACAACCGUGCUCGCUGGCAAGAGCACGGUUGUGGAGGCUCUAAGAAGCUUAAGAAGCCCCGUUUCUGAGUGUAAGCAUUGUAACUGUGCCGAAGUUGUUUUUCCAAAGAAUAUGGAAGAGGACUGUUCUUACUAAUAAGACAUUGGGAAAAUCAGAAUUUAUGGAAAUCUUAUGAAUUAGUGGUUUUCGUUUAUCGAACUGGGGAAUGAUUUUGAGAUUGCAUUUUGAUGAUAAGGCCGAGGUGGUGAAGGGAUGAUCAUCAAGAAUCAUUUGCCUAGUAGACCUGCUCUAAUAUCCUCAAUUAGGAAGCAAUAAUCCUUUCUCGAGAAGCCGUUCGGAUUAACAUAGUGUAGUUGCAGAUGCUUUUACUGCAAGAACCAUAGAUAUCGGCACUCGGUAUACUGAUUAGUUGCCAACUGUACUCAGUUAAUUUUGUGUUUACAAAAUUUGUCGUGUAUGGUUAUGUUGUAGAAUUUAUUUAUCUGAAGUAGGAGUCCGUCUGUUUGGUUUGUUGGACUCGGGUAUAAAGCUUGGGCUAGCAGGAGGGUGAUUAGGGUAUAAGCAUCCGUACUGAAGCUGGAAGUCAAUGUGGGGUCAUGGUACAUGGACAAAGAUUUAAUCGUUGGUCUAUUCCCGCUUUGGAACUCUGCUAUUCAAGAUAAGUAAUCAAAGAACAUUGUUUUCUUGACCGUAGUUAUUUCGUUUUGACGGGAAAAGUGUGCAUUGUCUCGCUGCUUUCCAUUUCCACCACCAGGCUAUGAAAGAAAGCACAGUCCUGGAAGCUUUGAAUUGUCGAAAGAGGCAAAGCUCAAAGAGAAGAAACACAAAAAGGAGAAAAAGGAUAAGGAAAGAAAGAAAGAUAAAGAGAGAUAUGGAAGUGAGGAGAAACAUAGGGACAAGAAAGACCGAAAAGAAAAAGGCAAGAGCACGAAGGAAAAGCACAAGGAUAAAAAGAAGAAUAAGGAGGAACGUGGCAAAGACAAGGACAAAAGCAGCCUAUCCGAAGAGUUGACAGUUGCUGGGAAACUUGAGGAUAGGAGUGGAGGGAAGCUUCAGCCAAAAGUACCCAGCAAAGAUAGAGGUGGUUUCGGGAAUGAAGCGGCAAGUUCUAGUCCGUUUCAGGGUCAAAACGGUGGGAAGCCUUCACAAAGCUUCUUACCUUGCCAGUUCAGCGAGGAAUCAAAAUUUGUUCAAGAACUGGACAGGAGGAUCAAAGAUGAUCAGAGGGGUGGUGGGAGCCAUUUUCCCGAGAGAGUCGCUGGCCUGGACAAUAAAGAUCAAGAGAUGCAAUCAAGAGGUGCCAUCAGAAACUCUUCAGGACUGCUGGUAGACGAAAAGGGAGAUAACAAGAAUAAGAGAGCUGAUAGAAAAAAUGGAUCUGAAGGGAUGAAAAAUGAUUUUGGUGGAAGUAAAAUGGUUCAGAACCUUAUGCCAAAUGCCAAAGCUAAAGUUGAGGGCAUACCCAAACCAGUGGAUGAACAGAAUGGGAGGGGUGUUAUUAAGCAGCGGGACAAGCAGAAAGAUAGGGUUAAGGAUAACACCUUUAAGGAAAUGGACAAUGAUAAAGAGAAGAAAAAAGACAAGAAAGCAAUGAUUACAAAAGAAAAUAGGAAUAGCAGUCAGAACCAGUUUAAAAGUGAUGGGAGUAAUGAACUUGGUGGCAUUACCGGUAAACAUAGUGUGGACUUGUUGAAGGAACCCGACAGUAAUGCUGCUAAUGAAGGAAUUUUCCGGAAAAGAAAAGGCGAAAAUACAAAUGGUUUAUUCCAUGAGAGUGAAAUUAGACCAAAGAAAAUGCAAAGGCCCACUCCUCAUCAUUUGACAGAGAAUGGAAGGAAACUUGAUCCUUUCCAGACCCCCACAAAAUCUUCUCAUGAUAAGCAUGCUGUUCCUAAUAGUGCUAGAGUGGAUGAUAGAGAAAGGUUGACGAAUGGUUUCACUGAAGCCUAUAAACCUUCACCUCAAAUGCCAAAACCUUCUGCAGCAUCUAUAGUCCGCAACCACAUCGCUGAAGCUUCAAAUGUACCUCCUCAUGAUCCCCCUUCUGUAAACACAUCGCUGAAGGUGCCGAAUAUUGAGGACCUAAUAGCUGAAACAUCAAGAAGGCCUCCCCAUACCGAUUCCCAGUACCUAGCCGAUGUACUAACAAUACCCAAGGUGGAGGACUGGUUUGAACUUGACCACCAAGACUGGCUGUUUACCGAGAAAGUUCAUCCAGGUGAACCGCCAUAAGCUGCCAUACGAGAUUGAUAACAUUGUAAGGUGCAACUGGUCAAGGACAAGGAUGACCAGCUUGUGUGGUCAGAAUCUGUACAUAUAGAAUCAGAAGAUAUUUGUGCUCUACCUUAUGUGGUCCCUUAUUGAUUGGUGGCCAAACUGCUACCUUUAAGGUCUGACCGCACGUUGAUUACCAACAAGAAUCUGGCUCAUGUAUAUGGCUGUCAUACCGGCCUAUUUCUUGCCUGUGUCUGUACUGAUGAGCAUGGGUAGGCAGGGCGUGAUGUUUCUCUCAAGAAUACGAGGUUGGCUUGGAGGUUGUGGCGGUUACGAACCUAAUUUAAUGCUCUGCCUUCCUGCAAGAUGACUUUGGGAUUGAUUCGAGGUGCAAUUCCAGCGUGCACGAGACUUGGCAUACAGAGGUCUGCAGUUGAGCAUACGGCGAGAAGAUAAUGUGUCCCUUGUUUAUUGAGUGUAGCUCUAGAAUCACAUGCACCACAGUUUUGGGUUGUAACAUAGAACUCUAAAUUUACAUCAAAAUGUAAGAUAGGGAGGGGAAGGGGGUUAGUUGCAUUCAUUAUUAUAAUUGAGAUGUAAUUGUUGUUCAUAGUUCCACUCGGCUUUUAUAUAUUACUAGUAUUACACCCGUGCUAUGCACGGACUAAGAUAUUUCCAAAACAUUGAUUGUUAGU